AUGAACGGGUACAUCGACAGCAGCGCUGUAUUGGCCCAGGUGGAGGGCUUCAAGAAGUCUGACAGCCAACGUGAAUCCCUGCUAUUGACACUUAUUAAACAAUUCGAAGACCUGAAGGAGAAGUAUGAGGAGAAGUGCGACGACCACGAGAAUGAGAGACAGUCCCGUAGGAGAUUACAACGCAGCUGCGACGAUAUGAAGGCACAGCUCACCUCUGCGAGACAAACUAUGGAUUCGAGCCCCUUCGUUCUAGUACUCAUAGAUGGAGACGGUGUAAUCUUCCAAGACAUGCUCCUCAGCGCCGCACGCGAGGGCGGUAGCGAUGCCGCCCAUCGACUAAACACUGCAAUCCGAUCCCAUAUACUUAGUAUGUACGAAAAUGCUGGCCAAUGGGCGAUUAUGGUACAGAUCUUUGCGAACUUCGAUGGCCUCUCCCACAAGCUAGCUUCACUCAAUAUCAUAAAGCACCCGUCCGAGUUGAACGCGUUUGCGCAGUCGUUCAACCUCAACCAACCGCUGUUCAGCUUUUUGGACGUAGGUAGAGGCAAGGAGAGAGCCGAUCAUAAGAUCAAAGAGACUUUACGAGUGUUCAUCGCGAACCCUUCUUGCAAACAUAUAUUGUUCGCUGGAUGCCACGAUUACGGAUAUCUACCAAAUCUGGAGCCGUACAAGCAUGAUCAAGCCAUGGCAUCCCGAAUCACACUGGUGGAAUCUACCCAGGCCCAGUCUAUUUUCUCCGGUCUAAACAUGAAGAUGAUCAGGUUUGAUGAUAUCUUCCGGUCCACUCCUCUACCAGAGCGGCCAUUUAUGCCGAUGCAACCGCUUAUCAGCUCACUCCCGCCCUCCCAACCAAGCCCCGUAGCUACGGCGCCGGCACCACCGCCUGUUCGUGCACCUGUUAUUGCGCAGCCUCAGCCUGUUGCUAAGAGCCCAACUCCUCUUGAAGAAUCCACUUGGGCAAGCGUCGGAAAGACUGGUAUCACCGAGAAGAAAAUAUCUAUUGCAUCAAACAAAACGCCUCGGAGAUACAUCGUGUUCAACGCAGACGGCGAACGACUCGAUCUUCCAAUUGCAAAGGCGGAUCGUGCGUCGCAGGACAGUCUCCACAAACGCAUCAACAAAGGAAAAGUCUGCAACGACUACCAUCUCAAGGGCAAAUGCGAGAACAUUGGCUGUCCUUACUCACACGCACCCCGACUUACGCAAAUGGAGACGCUUGUGCUGCGGAACAAAGCUCGCGGACUCUCGUGUGUCCAGGGCAGCGACUGUUUCGACUUUAAUUGUUAUUUUGGACAUAUUUGUUCUAACUACUACUGUGACGGAGGCCCUCAAUGCUACUUCGGUCACAGGCACAAGGAUCAGAUGGAUACUACACCUGCCAAGAAGUAUUACGAAGAUGGAACAGAGGAGACUGUAGCUUACCCGGGCUAG